AACAAGGAAGGCACGGUAAGGGACAUUGGAAUAUGAGAAGGGGAAAGUUGGAAGUGGGGUAUAGAGUGGAGAAGAGAGAGGAUGGGUCGCGAAAAAGAUGAGGAGCAAGGGUUGGGGGUGGUGUUGGCGAGUAUAAAGUUAAGGAAGGGUUUGGUAGAUUUAUGGCAGUGGAAGUAUGAGGCAGAUGGGAGGUAUGUCGUAAAGACAGCUUAUGAAUUUUUAGCUCCUGAGGAAUGCUUGCUUGAGGGACAUUUAUGCAAAUUAAUAUGGUGUAAGUUGGUGCCUUCCAAAGUGGGGUUUUUUGGGUGGAGGUUGUGCCUAGAUAGACUUCCAACAAGGUGGAACUUGCAGAAGAGGGGGGUGGUUUUACAAGGGGAUGGUAUGGUGUAUGGGCUUUGUAAAGAGGGUGUGGAAGAUGUUAAUCACUUGUUUUGUACAUGUAAGGCGGCCUGGUUAGUAUGGGUUAAGGUGAUUAAGUGGUGGGGUUUGGAGGUAGUAAUGCCGGACACAGUGAGGGGUGUGGUGGAUGUUCUCUUGUGGUGUUUAGGCAGUGUGGGGGUGGCAAAGCAAUCCCAGGGAAUGUGCAAAGGAGCUGAAGCGAUACAAGAGAUCUUUCAAGCUGUUCUCCAAGCAGCAGCAACGACACCUUCCCAAUUAGCUUUCUUUGGCUGUAUGGAUUCCUAUUCGGGCAAGCUGGAAGGUUGUGGUCUUUAAUGAUUUUUUGGGAUUUUCAGCAUGCUUUUGUGCGGGAGUUCCUUUUAUGUUUUUUUGGGAGUGUAAGCAUAUUAGACUCUUUAUAGAAGGGCAGGAGUACCCCUUGUGCUCCAUUAAAUUUUAAAUAUUAAUAAAGUAUUUGUUUUGCU